UGUGAUACAGAAUUUAGUUUGUUUCAAAUGAAAGUAUUAAUGAACACUAUUGAUGUUAAUGAUAUCGAGAACAUUAGGAAUAAAAAAAUUAACUUGAUAAAUAUGGAAUCUAAUAAUGUGAAAACUUGUUCAAGAAGAGGUCGAAAGUCGACAGUUCCACCAGAACUUAGAGAACAAACAAGACGUAUUAAAAAGCAAAACAUUGAACGAAGUCGUCGUGCAUGUAUAGCAAAUAAAAUGUCUGAAUUACAUAAAUUAGCUAUGAAUUUGAUUGGAUUAAAUAUAUCAGAACAACAAAAAACCGAAAAAGUGGAUAUAUUAGGCAUGUGUUAUGAAGUGUUUAAAAAUGUGGCAGUUUUAUUAAAUGAAAACCCAGAAUUGAAAGAGAAAUUAAAACAAAUGUGUAAUGAAAUUAGAUUAAAAUCCUUUAAUAAACAGCAUGAUACAUCUAAUAAUGAUACAACAGUUAAUAAAUCAAAUGGAUCUAUUAUACAUUCAAAUACUCAUCAAUCAUCAUCAUGUUGGAAUAAAGAAAAUUAUAAUCCUACAAGUCAACAUUUAUUAAUUCCAUCUGAAUUAAGUGCAUUUACACCUAUAAGAAAAAUAACAGAUACUACUUUACAUGAUUUCAAUCAAUUCAAUUAUCAAUCUACACCAAUACCAUUGCCAUUUAUUAAAAAUGAUAGUGGUUACUAUGAAAUGAAUCAUUCAUCAUCUUUAUUAAUUCAUAAAAAUCCUAUUCAUUUAAAAGCAACACAUAUGUCUAAUGAAUACAUUUAUACAACUCAAUCAUCAUAUUCUCAAACAAAUUCAAUUAUUUCAAAAUUACAAUCGAAAGAAAAUAUUCUAGAAAAUGAAAUUCAUACAAAUCUUGAUACGACUAAAGAUAAUAUCAUGUGGCGGCCAUAUUUAGACUAAAAAGAAAUGAUCAAAAUUUCUUUUAUUAUAAUACUCACCAUUUGUAUUUAUAUGCUGAUAUCAGACUUCACUACAUAGAGACUACCUUAAAGAUUUUUUUUUUCAUUGUUUAUCUACAUACCGAAAAUCUUUUUUAUUUCAUUAUUCAUUCAUUAUUUUUUUUGUUUUUCGUUUUAAAGAAAGAACAAGAGAACUAUGCUUAUU